AUGGACUCCGUUGAUGGAGAUAGAAGGAGCAGGACACACCGUAGUCACCAAGCGCCCACCGUGCGGUCUUUGGAGCGGCCAAUGCAGACAAUGGACGACCCCUUGAGACCAAUGAGAGUGACGUCUAGGAGAUGGUUUAAGAGGAAAGUUGAUAUUUCUACACCUCACAGUAUACCAUCUGUAAGCCAACUACAAUCAAGUAUCGAGAGAGAAAGUGGUGGCUCUAGUAGUCAUCCAAACGAGGGAGAUUGUAACUCCUCUCUCAACAUGAGCCUCUCUGAAGACGUCCAUGAAACCAGCUAUUGUUCUGAGGAUUACAUUAGGGAACUCUUGAAGCCGAGCCAUUGGCAGAAGGAAGACAUCAACCCUUCCGAUCGGAUGGUGGAGGGGCUCAAUGUUGAGCUGUUAGACCACCAGGUUUUGGGUUUGCGAUUCUUAUUAAGGCGUGAAGGGGCAACACCAGAGGAGAGGACGUAUUUAAAGAGUGCCAAGGUCAUUCUCAAUGGUGAGCCAGUUACUUAUUAUAAUAGAGGUGGGAUUUUAGCAGAUGACAUGGGUCUUGGAAAAACAGUUCAAACUAUAGCACUUAUUCUGAGCUCCCCCUUCAAAGGAGGAGAACCAAGGACAACUUUAAUUGUCUGUCCUGCCUCCCUGGUGACUCAAUGGUGUACUGAGAUUGCCGACAAGGCGCCAUCAUUAAAAGUAUUGGCUUUCCAUGGAACGAAACGACCCUCCGAUCCAAAGGUUAUUCAUAGUUAUGACAUUGUAGUUACCUCGUACUCGACUUUGGGAUCCGAAGAUUCUAAAUCGGAUUCCCCGUUAUAUAGUUCCAGCUUUAAGUUCAAGAGAGUGGUAUUGGACGAGGCACAUUCAAUUAAGAACAAGUCUACUAAAAGUCAUAGGGCAUGUUAUAAGAUAGUAGCCGAUUUAAGGUGGUGCUUAACUGGUACUCCGAUUCAAAAUAAUGUUGAUGAAUUGUAUGCCCUUUUCAGGUUUUUACGUGUUAAUAAAUUUGAAAAUGAAAUGGUUUGGGAAUUAAAGAUCGGCCAAGGGUUGAAAUCACGAGACGUUCAUCGUAUGACCGAAGUCAUAAAAACUUUACAUGGCAUAUUGAAUAAGUUUAUGCUUAGACGUACAAAACAGCUUUUACUCGAUAACAAUGUGUUGCUAGUUACCAAGAAAAUCUAUAGAGAAACUUUGGACUUUACACCAUUUGAGAGGGGAAUGUACAAUCAAAUGGUAGACCAGUAUCGCAAGGAGAUGAAAGAGAGGAAGAAAAACGCUCAAGCACAAUUGCAAUAUAUGGAAGAAUACACACGCCUUUUACGGUUAAGACAAUUAUGUUGUCAUUGGAGGUUGCUUUUCAAAGAUUUGCAAAUUGACAAAUCAUUGAACACAAAAAUAUCUGCAAACUCAGUUGAUACAGAAGAGGCCGGUGUUGAUGAUAUUUUAAGUUCGAUGAAAGAAAUGACUCUAGACGAAUCCGCUGAAAACACUUCAAACACAAGCAAGGACAUGGUACAUCCAAUCAAAGUUCAGCGGGUUUUGAAUAUACUUGCGAGAGAUAAGCAGUCAGAUGUCCGGAAAACGAUUAUUUUCUCCGAGUUUACAUCGAUGCUAGAUAUCUUGGGCAAUGUGCUCACGAAGGAAAAAAUCAAAUAUGCUAGAUAUGAUGGUAAAAUGGACAAAAAAUCUAAAGACAAAGCACUUGAGAUAAUCAAAAAUGACCCUGAUGUUUUUGUGCUUUUAUGCUCUCUCAAGAGUGCUGCUUAUGGAUUAAAUAUCACAUCUUGUUCCAGGGUUAUACUCUAUGAGCCCUUUUGGAAUCCAGCAAUCAGUGCCCAAGCAAUUGACCGUGUAUACAGAAUUGGACAAACCCAGAAUGUUGAGAUAUAUGAGUUUUUUAUUUCAGAUACGGUGGAAAUGCGGAUUAGGAGGAUACAAGAGUCUAAAAGAAAGCUCAUGGAUUCAGUAGUCGACAAGAAUGUAGAUUCCACAAUGGCUAUCGUAGGAAAUGGUUUGAGCCGGAAGGAAUUAUUUGAUAUCUUAGAAAUUGCAGACCCUGGGUGA